AUGGAGGAGCGCGAGUGGGGGGCGAGGCCGGCUCGCGCCGGCAGCCCAGCCAGCCCGCCCAGCCCGCGGCUGGACGUCAGCUCCUACAGCUUCGACCCGCUGCUGGCCCUGUACUCGCCGCGCCUGCCUCCCAUCCCCUACCCCAACGCUCCCUGCUUUAACAACGUGGCGGAGUACGAGAGCUUCCUGAAGGGCGGGCGUACCGGGCGCGGCCGGGCGCGGGGCACGGGGGAGCCGGCCUCGGCGGGAACCUCCACCGGAACCUCCACGGGAGCCGGGACCGCCACCAGGAGCCGUCGCCGCGCCGCGCCCACCCCAGAUCCCGAGCGCAUCCAGCGUCUCCGUCGCCUCAUGGUGGUCAAGGAGGACGCGGACGGCACGGCCGGGACUCGACGCCAGGGCCCCGGGCGCAGCAAGAAGGCGCCCCGCAAUGUGCUCACGCGAAUGCCCCUGCAUGAAGGCAGCCCCCUGGGUGAGCUCCAUCGCUGUAUCCGAGAGGGAGUGAAGGUCAAUGUUCACAUCCGCACUUUCAAGGGACUUCGGGGUGUCUGCACAGGCUUCCUGGUUGCAUUCGACAAGUUCUGGAAUAUGGCCCUCACUGAUGUGGAUGAGACCUACCGUAAGCCUGUGUUAGGCAAAGCCUACGAACGGGACUCUUCGCUGACUCUCACCAGGCUGUUUGAUCGGCUGAAACUUCAGGAUUCCUCCAAAAAGGAAGCAGAUUCCAAGUCUGCAAUUGAAGACUCCACCCUGUCUAGAUACUCCCAGACAUCCACCUGGAAGGUGGCUUCAGUGUGGGGACGAGGAGACACCGACCGGGGCUCCUCCCAGAGGCGCUCGCGCUCCGUCCCCUCCUCCCUACAGGCAUCUGCGAGGGAGGGGUCCAGGUCUGAGCUGUCAGGGAGGACUACACGGACAGAGGGGUCCAGUGCGGGAGGCACCUUCUCCAGGGCCACCACCCUUUCACGGGGCACAUCCCGAAAGAAAAAGAAAAAGCCCAAGGUGGAUUACCAGCAGGUAUUCACGCGACACAUAAAUCAGAUUUUCAUUCGAGGCGAGAAUGUCCUGCUGGUUCAUCUCGCACAGUGACCAGCUCAGCCCCAUUUGACCCUUGGGUUUAGAAAUAAAGUGCAUGACCUGCUCCUUUGCUGUACCCUAGUACCCCAAUCAAAGUGUGAGUCGCAGGGGUUCCCACUGGUCCUGCCCAUUCAGAGGACAGAGCUGGCUCACCCUCUGGAAGCCGAGUCGAGGGGAGGACUGGCCAGCAGUCCUAAGCAGGCAGAAGCCAUCCACGGUCUAUCUCUUGCCGGGCUGUCCUGGUCUACUCCAGAGUCUCAAGUGUAAGCUGUUCCCUUUGUCGCAGGGUCAUAGCACAAGUGGAAUCCACUCUGUGGAAACUGUAAGAAACGCCUGAGAAAGAAUGAUUUCAUUUCUAAAAGCUAGUGCUCUGAGCACCCUGAGUCUGACCUAAGAACAACAGUGUAAAUCGCCCGAGAGCCCUGCGCCCAUUUCUUGGAACUGACCUUUGCUCUACAUCAUUCUGUCUUGACCAAGAAGUGACAUUUCUCAUCCUUGAAUAUUAAUAAGGUCUAGGAAAGUUACCAGUGUAUGCAGGAGUGAAGCUCAGCUGGGUGGCCGCUCUAAGUAGUCCGUGGAGACAGCUCUGCUUUGAUCCCCUCUUCUCGUGGGAAGGAAAGCAGAAGCUUGCUGAUCUUCCCCUUACCAGAGGUAGCCUCUGCACUUGGUGUACCAGAUGGGACUGUGCCGUGCUUGUGGCUCGUUGUCCUCUCCGCCUCCUGUGGCAUGGUGCUAGUGUGCAUGUGCUCUGUGGUAUCACCCCGUGUGUCGUGUGUCAACCGUCCUGAUGUGACCUUCGUGUCUGACCACAGAGAGUUCUGCAUGAACUCAGUAAUACCCAUAUAUCACGUGGCUGAGAGUCCCCUUUCUAGGCGGGACUGGGUGGUUACUGUGAAAGAGGGGUCAUACACUUCUCUUCCCUGUGUCAUGCCUGUGAGGUUCUUAGAAAUGAAUGGGUGUGUCCUAAGGGCACUUGGCUCCCAUUUAAGCUUGAGUGACAGGAAUACCAAAGGACCCAGGGAUGCUCCUACUUGAAUUCUGUCACCGUAUGCUUUUCGGUCACAAUACAGAAUAGGCUACAUCUUGACAUAGACUGUUAGGCAAUGUUGAUUUUCAGAAUUUUGUUUAUACUUGCUUUAUGUUAGAUAACUUAUGUUCCAAGUAAGAAUAAAAAAUAACUAGUCAAAAUAUAUGUAUGAAUAGAACGUUUCCCCUGCUGGGUUUGUAGAUAGCAAGGAUAAGCCUCCUCAGACGCAGGCUAAAUAAAGUUACGUUAACUGGACCACUGCCACACCAGACAAUGAAAAGUGAGCAGAUGAGCCUCAGUUUCCCCAUCAGACACCUACCUCACCAGGGCAUUGUGGCAGAAUUCUAGGAAGGUGUUUUACAGCCUCUAAGCAUAUCUAAGUGCCAUGAGUAAUUUUCCUCACUCUCUUGCAUAGAUCAGUAAACAUUCUCUAGUCCUACGAGCAAGGCAGGUGCUAUUUAAGAAAGGUGUCUUCCCAGCUGUCGGCUGCGGUCCUGUAGCCAUCCGCAGAGGGCCGUGAGAUCUGAGCAACUGUGUCUCACGGCCUGUUCUUCCCUCCAGAGAGGAACUGUUCUCAGAGGAACAUCUUCAUUAAGGAAAGAGUGACUUUAUUUUUGCUGCUCCCCGACAUCUCAGUCCCUGCUUUUCAAGGGUAUCUGUUGUGUGCAUUGUUUCCAGAGGGGCAUUUGUGGGCUUUCUGUCUGUUUUCUGUUCACCUGCUUUUAUUUCUCAUCGUAUCUAAGUUUGAAGGCAGGGCAGAUGCACUGAGGGCUGUGGAGGCUUUGGGUACAGCCCAGGCUCAUGACUCUUGUCUUCUGAUCUAAAUUCCUUCUGCCUCCUGUGCCGGUCUCUGUUCUCCAGUCACUCCUCAGGCUGUAUCGCCUCUAUCUCCACCCAUGUUGCCUGUGUGGCUGUCCGUAGCUAGGAGCUGUAACGGGUGCUCUUUUCCUGCCUACGUGGAAAUGUGCAAUCAGAAAGAAUAGAAGGAAGUUCUUUUCAUCCUAGUGACCGUCCUGACUCGUUUCACACACAUGCUAGUCUCAUGUUGCUGUAUGACUCUCCUGUAUGUCUGUAAGGAUUGAUUGAUAAUUUCCUGCUCAUCAUGACAGCGGUAGCUGUGGAAAUUGUGUGCUCUCCCUUUCGAUCGCCUCCACUAUCUGUUUAAUUUGGACAGUGAUCUGAAAUGAAUGCUCGCUAGGAAAUGUGCAAUUUUGUGCAAAGCAUGGUAUUUAUUUUUCGAUAAGUCAAUUUAAUUAUUGCCUUUUCUUUAUUAUUGGAAAAUUUUUCAAAAAUAAAGAAAAAUAAGUUCUAAUGUAUUGCUGUUCAAAAAUGAUAUCACAUAGAUUAUAGUGAGUCACUGUAGUGACUGGACUGGGCUGGCUGUUUAGUGAUAGGCCCAAUGCUUGGUGUUCAGAGACCCUGAGUUCAGUCCCUGGCACGAAUGAAUGAGUGAGUGAGUCAAUCAGUCAAUAAAAGUUGCUAUGGAAACAGCUGAGAAAGAAAGACCCUGAGGAAAGGGGUUGGUAAGGUCGAGUACUAGCAGACUCUAGAAGACCCCUUCCUUCUGAGGAACCCAUGAAUCGAGAAUGGAGUAGAGCCUCCUCACUGGUGUUCUGUGGGGAUUAGGGUUUUCUUUGAAUAAACAGUUUUGGUUGUUCAAACUAUUUUUUAGACACCCAGAUAAUUCACAGAAUAUUCCUGUAUUCUUGUUGAGGUCUUUUCAGGAGUGUUUGGCUUUGUUGGGUGGUGGUGUUGCCUGCAAUUAGUAUGGCCAGUGCUUGGCUUGUUUUUGUUUUGUUUUGGUUUGGUUUUCUUUUUUAAUUUUUUUUUAUUGUUUUAAUUGAGCUAUAUAUUUUUUUUUUCUUUUCCCCUACCUUCCUCUCCCCUCCCCUUCUACCCUCUCCCAUGAUCCCCACACUCCCAAUUUACUCAGGAGACCUUGUGUUUUCUUACUUCCCAUGCACAUUAGAUCCAUGUAUGUCUCUCUUAGGGUCCUCUUUGUUGUCUAGGUUCUCUGGGAUUAUGAAUUGUAGACUGCUUUUCUUUGUUUUAUGUCUAAAAGCCACUUAUGAGUGAGCACAUAUGAUAUUUGUCUUUCUGGGUCUGGGUUACCUCAUUCAAUAUGGCGUUUUCUCUAGAUCCAUCCAUUUUAUUUGGGGUUUCAUUUGUUUGUUUUUGCUUUGCUUUGUUUUUUGAGAUAGAGUCUCACUGUGUCUCCCUGGCUGGUCUGAAACUCACUAUGUAAACCAGGCUGACUUCAAACUCACAGAUCUGCCUGCAUCUGCCUGCCGAGUCCUGGGACCAAAUGGGUGUCCCACCACUUCUGGCUCAGCUAGAAGUGUUACAAGUUUAGCCACAGUUUUUGUGGAAUUUUGAAUAGAAAUUACAAGUAGGCAAGCAUCAUCUCCUGAACAAGGUUGUUAAAAGUUCCUGCUCAAGUGUAAGGGAGACAGCAUUACAGGUCAGAGCCCUGGGUGAUGUCCAAGGACUAAGGUCUGCAGCUUAAAUAGACAAAGGAGGCCAGGCUCCUCCAGGCGCAGUCAGCCAUGUACAGACCCCAGGAUUCCUGCCCAUGUUGCGGUGACUGGUUUGACAGAGUGGUCUGCUCAUGUCUGUUGGCUUUGUUUGUGCUCAGCUUGCAGAAUCUCCUGGUGGUGCUCACACCACCACUUGGGAUGACCACAUGCUGGUCAGGUUCAGACAUGUUGAGCAUCUAGGUUACAGGAAAGCUGGGGAAGGAGCCAGCAGCUGCUGAACCUGGUCUUGGGUGGAAACACUGUUUUGAAAGUAGCCUGCAUUAAAUGGGCAAUGUUAAUGUGGAAGUAGGAACCUUGGUGUGCCCUGUGGUUAAGAGAUGGCUGCCGGAGCCCUGCCACGUGCCAUUCUGUGCCCACAGAGCUGUUCUUGUGCUCCACAUGGUCACAGCUUUCACCUGAGCUGCCUGUCUUAGUGUCCCCGAAGCUUGACGUUUUCUUUCUUAGGGCCAGCAGGUGACUUGUGAAAUGCUUAGCUCGUUAGCUUCUGAGGCAAGGGAUUUGGAGCAGUCUGCACCCUGCUUUUGCCUGGUGCUCAAGUCAGUGAGCAUUCCAGUGUGGAUGUCCAGGAACCCUUGCAGUGUGCUGCGGUCAGUCAGAUCAGGAGCAGCCCUGUUUAUCUUGACAGGGAAAGAAUGCCCCUUCAGAGGUUGUCAGGUCGCGGUUGUGGCGCUCUGAGCUGCCCUUAAUCCUCAUUGGCCCACCAGAGACCUGUGUCGACACUUCUGCCCUUAAAGAAAAAAGAAAUCAACCCAGCAUGGUGCAAAGUGGGUGUUUGUGUUUCUGUUUGCACUCUCUCCAUAACGGCCACCCAGGCAAAAUCAUGAAAUACAGUUGGCUCUAUAAAUUGCUUCUUUAAAUGUCCUGCAGAUUUCUCCUGUAGGAAAAAAUUAAAAUUAUUUGAAGACAGCUAGCUGUCAUUGGUGCUCCCCCAAAGUGUUUCGUUCCCUUCUGUACUUUUUAUGAAUGAAAUGGUUGCUGUGCGUAGGUUAGGUUGAUGGGAGAAAAGAGUCUGGUAGUAUAAGCUGAGUAGUUGGAGAGACGUUUUCCUUUUUCUCCUCCUGAAUCUCAUCUGGAAUGCAUGCGGCUCUUUGUCAGCACCUCUGUUCACCUGUCCAUGGCUUUCUUGCCCAGAAGGCUUGUUCUCAGUGGCUGAAAGCAAGACCAUCUCAUCUGAUCUGUGUGGGAAAGUCUGCUGUUACUUUCUGGCAAAUUGGUGGACUUAAGCCUUCAGGCUCCUGUCAGUUUUCUGAAGAAGGGUUGGGCCUCUGUCACUCCCCAUGUUGCGAGUACAUUUCAAAUGGUUGUCAGUUCACUCUCCUAAUAAAAGUGAAAGCCUUCUGUCAAGAAGUGGUCUGAAGGUGGGAGCAAGAAAACUCAUGCAUUCAGGACCUGUGGGGUCUUUAAGCUGUCAGAGACCAGGCUCCAUGGGAACACCUUCUGCAAACACAGGGUUUCCCUUCGGACAGCUGAAACUGGUUGCUGGCACAUUGCAAUCGCCUUUGUUGUGAGUCCUUGGGAGCAGGUGUCUGGCGUGCUUUCAGCUCCCUGAAGGAAAUGUCUGGACACUCCAGGGCUGCUGCAGCUGACCUGGCAGUGUCAUGUUGAGCUGGGCCACACAGCUCUUCCCAUCUCUUUCUGUUCUCUCAACCGGAAAGCGGACAGUAAGCCAUGUCCUAAAAAACUCACACCUGUGAUCCCAGCCCUUAGGAGACUGAGGCAGGAGGAUCACUGUGAUCCAAGUUAGUCUAAGCUACAAAGGGAAACUGUCUCAAAAAAAAAAAAAAAAAGACAGCAACCAAAAAGUGGUUUGUUUACUCAGUACGGACAUGUAAAGGCUCUGAUGACCGUGUCCCCUCUGCACCCUGACUUGCUGAUGGUCUUAUGAAAGGGCUAAAGAUGGAUGGCUAUGGUUUCAGUGCUCAUACAGCAACUGCUAAACCUCAGCUGGUGUCAUCUUUACAUUACCCCUUGUUAGGUUACCCGAGCCCCUUCCUGUUGACGGGGCCUGCUGCUAGGAACCUCCAUUUGCAAUGUGUGCUUUUGGUAUGUGUCAGAUGGGAGUCUGGAAACUGUAAUA